AUGGGCUGCGGGCCGUGGGCGCUGCUGGCGCUGCUGUUCGGGGCGGCGGCGGCUGCGGCCCCUCUGCGCUGCAACGUGAGCCUGGACAGCCCGGCCGAGCAGCGCUGGCUGCCCGUGCUGCGGCACUUCGAGCCCGCCUUCCUGCGCGCCGCUGUCCGGCGGAUCAUCGACGAGAGGGUACCGAGAUGGGUUCACCAGGUCAUCCAACCCAUAGCAGCACAACUGGAGGCUUUCAUGCCGCAGCCCUUCGCGGGAGAGAUCGCGGGGAUGUGCAAAGCACUGGGAGUGGAUCUCGGAGAUGGAAUCCUGCUGAACUUCGCCUAUGAGUCCACUGCGUUCUGUACCAGCAUUGUGGCUCAGGAUGACAGAGGGAACAUUUACCACGGCCGCAACCUGGAUUACGCUUUUGUCGAUAUAUUGAGCAAGAUCACAGUGGAUGUGCAGUUUCUAAAGGGUGGGCAGGUUGCGUACCAAGGCACCACAUUUCUUGGUUAUGUGGGUUUAUGGACUGGGCAAAGUCCACACAAGUUCACCAUCUCUGGAAAUGAACGAGAAGGUGGUAGCUGGUGGGAAAAUGCUAUAGCUGCUUUCCUCAACAGGAAUUACCCUGUCAGCUGGCUUGUGCGAGAUACCCUGAGUGAAGCAGAGGACUUCCAGGCUGCUGUUCUCAGACUGGCCAGCAUUCCCAUCAUUGCUGAAGUUUACUAUAUUGUGGGAGGUGUCUCACCCAAAGAAGGCAUGGUCAUCACGAGGAAUAGAAGAGGGCCAGUAGAUCUGUGGCCUCUCAAUCCCUUAGAUGGACAGUGGUUUCGUGUGGAGACCAACUAUGACCAUUGGACCACCCCUCCCCCUUGUGAUGAUCGCAGAACUGCAGCCAUCAAAGCUCUCAAUGCUACUGGACAGCACAACAUCAACUUUGAUACACUCUUCAAGGUCUUGUCAGUGAAGCCAGUCUUGAACAAUAACACAGUGUACACCACAGUGAUGAGCGCUGCACUCCCAGACCGCUACCAGACGUGGAUGAGAACGGAGGAGUGAAGAGGAGCAAGUGGCACACGUGUGGAUGAUUAUGGGAAGCCCUGCCAGAGGGAACUGAAUCCCAACAGGAAGGGAUGGUGCACUUAACACGGAGAAAAAUCAAGCUCUGUUACUAAUGGCUGCUCACCAGUGACUGCAUGUGAGCAGCAUCCUUUGGGGGCUCUGUCCUGAGAAUGUACAGAAAAUGUCCAAGUUCUUGAGCUCAGAAGGUGCCUCAUGGGACAGCUUCAGAGAGAUGAGAAUUCCUCUACCAAGAAACUGGUUACAUGGCCUCGGCAAGAGCACAAAAAACUGAGUUCCAGUUUAAAGAGUUUUAAAAAAAAUAUUAUUGCUAUUACAUUUACAGCAGUUCUGUCAGAUCUGAUUUUAGCUAGAGGAAUUCCUUCUAGAGAUUGUGUAGAACUUGUUUUUCACUUAACUUUGAACAAACCUGUGCUCUCUUGCCUAUUUUUCUAGUUCAACACACAGAGUGAGAAGCUGAAGCUGUGCAAGACUAAUAAAUGCUUUUAAAAUCACUCCUGGGAGCAAUACAGUGGCUUUGGUUUGUGACUGAUGUGAACCAUUCAGGAACCAGUGAUUUGCUAACUCUUUCAAGUGUUGCAGGUGAUCCUGUUAAUGGCCUGUAAUCGAAGUUUGAAACUUGCAACUAAAUUGUGGCUCUAGUAGAUGUUGAUGGGUAAAAAUGGCUUGUAUAAUUUUGGUAAGAGUUGUGCAACUGCAAUGUACUUCUGUGCUGACUAAUAAAUACGUUUUGUAAUUUA